AUGGUAGCGCACAGCAAGGUGUCAGCAGAUAAUGCACUUGGAGCAGACCCUAGACGGCUUCUUGACCCUCCGGCACGGGAUCGCUCGCAGGCACGAGGCUUCCAGGGCCCCGGCCGGCCCGGCACUGUGCAGGCACAGGGCAACACACACUUCCGAACCUUUCGCUCCCAAGCGGAUUUCAGUAGCAUCACUCGAGCCAGCAGCCUGCUGGAUGCCUGUGGCUUCUAUUGGGGGCCUCUGACUGUCAGUGCUGCCCACGAGAAGCUUAAGUCUGAGCCCGAGGGCACCUUCCUCAUCAGGGACAGCACACAAAAGAAUUGCUUCUUUGCCAUCAGUGUUAAGACUGCGACUGGGCCCACCAGUAUCCGGAUUAACUUUCAGACCGGGCGUUUCAGCCUGGAUGGCAGCAAAGAGACUUUUGACUGUCUUUUUAAACUGCUGGAACAUUACCUAAGCUCCCCGAGGAAGGUACUGGUUACCCCCCUUCGCAAAGUCCGGGUGCAACCACUGCAGGAGCUCUGCCGGAAAAGCAUUGUGAAGACUUUUGGAAGAGAGAACUUAAAUCAGAUCCCACUCAAUCCUGUUUUAAAGGACUAUCUGAAAUCCUUCCCAUUUCAGAUAUAA